AUGACCUGGAAGGCUAUUCCAGUUGCGGAAAGCUCUAGAAAAGAAAGAGUUCAGAUGAAAAAUAUGGCGAAGUCUAAAGCUGAAAUCAUGCGAGAAUAUCGUAAAAGAAUGAAACAAGACCCGGAAAAAUAUCAAGAAUAUCUUUUACAAGCACGGAACAGAAAAAAACAAAAUUGCGUAGCCUCCUCAAUGUUACCAAAAAGAGACAAAUUAAAACGCAAUGCAAAGAAUAAGGAGUAUUUACAACGUUAUCGACAAAAGAAGAAAAUUGAAAGAGAAAUAAGAGAGAUAGAUCAUCAACCGACACAGGAGACAAGUGGUUACGACACAGGUAAUUCAUAA